AUGCAAGAGUCCCUACUCAAGCACCUGAGGGAGGCCAAGAACCGAUUUGUUUGGUUACGGGGCUCUCCCGGAACGGGGAAGACUGCGAUCUCUAUGAGUGUCGCAUCCACUCUUGAGGAAAUGGGUAUUUUGGCAGCGUCGUUCUUUUGGGAUAAGAACCGGACAGGAACAGGCUUGGAUUCUAUCGAACAGUUCCCCUCUACCCUUGCCCACCAUCUAGCAUCCUUCAACGAGGACUUCAAGUUCUCGCUUGUCAGACACCUUCGGAAACAGGCUUUAGCCUCAGUUCAGGAUUUCCCUCUGGAAAAACAAAUCAAGGCCCUGACGAUUGAGCCGAUGCGUGAUGUGAAGAAUGUAUUGUCUCCGGACAAGGAUCGCUUUGUCAUCGUCUUGGAUGGUCUCGAUGAGUGC